GAGCAAAAAGCGGAAGUUGUAGGUGACACCGGAAGUAGUUACCGUGCCUGGGUUCUCAUGGCAACGGAGUAGAAGCUCUUAUGCUGCAGCUUGUGAUCGCGGUAUAAGGCAGACGUCGUACUAUGGACAGGACCCGGGCACCACCACGUGCCCUCCCACCAAUGCCAAGCACAUAUCAAGAGGAUGAAAUUCCCAUCAGCCGUCCAAAAAAGAAAAAGUCCAAACCAUCAAGUAGUGCAUUAGAGGAUAUUUUACAGGACACCGUUUUUAAAAACUUAGAAAGUAAAGAACCUCUUUCACCAGAAAGGCGAAAAAGGAAAAAAAAGAGGUCUGCAGAAGCUGAAACCUCUUUCAUUCAACAUAACCUUAAUACUUCAGUUAUCCAGAAUGGUAAUGAUGUAGACUCCCAGCCUUCUGAAGAAGGAGUUGUCCGCAAACCACGCAGAAGAGCAAAAAAAAACAGGCCUGCAGAACCUGGGUUUCCUAAUGACUUGGGGGUAGAAGAAGAGGACAUCAUUCCAGAUGGACAGAUAAAACUCCAGGAACAGCAUCCUGCUUUCAUUGUUCCCUCCUUGACAAGCCAACCUGUAGGCAAAUUAUUUGUGGAAAAGAAUAGGAAAUUUCAAGCUGCAGAUCGUUCUGGCAUCAUCAAAACCACAGAACAUGUGGAUGAUUUCUUGGAUAUUAAACCUUUGUGGAGCAGUAUGGAUGUAUCACUCACUGUGCACCGAAGCUUUAGGAUGAUUGGGCUGUUCUGCAGUGGAUUCCUGUCUGGGUACACAGUAUGGAACAUUGUGGUCAUUUAUGUUAUUGCUGGUAGUCAGUUUUCUAAUCUAUCGACACUACUUGCAAUUUACAAAGAUCUGGCAUAUCCAUCUCAGUGCUUCUUGUAUUUUCUGUUGGCGCUCAGCACAGUUUCUGCGUUUGACAGAACUGACCUGGCCAGUGUGUCAAAUGCCUUUCGUGGUCUUGUGACAUUGGAUCCAUCUGCUGUGGCGUCUUUAUUGUAUUUUGUCGCUCUCUUUCUUGCACUGAGUCAGCAAAUGACAAGUGACAGGAUAAACUUCUACACACCUCCAACACAGAAUGGCAGCUUGUGGCAAGAAGCUACAGAGAGUCAGAUCAUUCAACCUUGGGUUGUUAUCAAUUUGGUUGUAACUCUGCUGGUUGGCCUAGCCUGGCUCUUUUUAUCAUGCCGUCCAGACCUAGAUCACAGUGAAGAAUCCAUAUUUGUCCCAGAAGACGACUACCCAGACAUGGAGAAGAGGAUAAAAAUCCAAGCUUGAAUUGAGUUCAGACACUUAAAUGAUGCCUUUGUUUUUAUACCUCUUUUAUAUCCUGUUUGUAUUAUUUUUGUACCUUUUUAGUAUAUAUAUAUAUAUUUUUUUAUUGUACAUUCAUAAUUGUAAAUUAAAUAUUUAACAACACAUUUUUAAUAUGUACACACAAUCUAUAUUUCACAGAUUCUCAUUUGCCAAAUGUAUUUGUUUUUCCACUUUCAUUUUUCCUCCUCGCCUUUUAAAAAUCAUAACGCUUUAAGUUUUCCACCUACAGAACCAUAUGUGGGCUUGUUUAAUGGUCCCAAUUUUUACUUUGUAAUAACAUCAGUCAUUUUACCAGAAAACUCAACGGCAAAACCCCCAAAAAUUAUUUGUGGGACAAAAUUGAUUUAAAAAAACGCCAUUUUGUAACUUUUUGGGGCUUCCGUUUGUAAUCAGUGCAUUUUUUGGUAAAAUGACACUUUAUAUUUAUAAUUAA